GUCAGAGGCUGAAGUGUCGUUCUGAAUUACAUGUUAUGAGUAACGUUUUCCUUAUACGGGUUUUUUAGCUACUGCUAAUUACAUUUAAACGUGUUGGUUGUGUGAAGUGAUGACUUUAAUUGGUAGAAUUUAGCAAAUUAAGUGACAAGUGUUUUUUUUGCCAGAUUUCUGAAUUAGAAUAGCGAUUGCAUAAUUUCUUGCACCUUGAUAGAUAACAGGUGCAAGUAUCAAUAUUUAUAAUUUUGGAGAGAUAUUAUUAGUAUCGAGCUAAAUGAGUGAUGUCACUACCAGGAAGCCCCAAACGCUGCGGCGCGUGCGCUCCAUAUACCAGGUGCACUACGGGCUGCCCAAGAUUGAGCGAGAGACGGCCAGGCCCCUCGUCAUGCCGUUCGACUCGGUAGAAAUACAGGCGUAUGAGAAGCAAGUUGCUGGGCAUAGAGAGAGUUCAGAUGCUAGGUUCCUAGGUCUCCUACAAUGCAACAACGGCACCAUCCUCAAACCCAUCAUCAAGGAAAGCCAGCGGCGCGAGGUAGACUUCUACCAGCGACUGUCCACAACCACAGACCCCGACCUGAUGGAGCUGCGGUCUCUCGUACCGAAGUACUUUGGCUGCCGCCGGUUCACGUACAACACUCAUGAGCAGGAGUAUAUUAUAUUGGAAGAUGUGGUGCAGAGAAUGUUGGAGCCUUGUAUUAUGGAUGUCAAAAUUGGCAGAAGAACAUGGGACCGCCUAGCCACAGAAGAGAAGAUACAGAAGGAACAGAGCAAGUACAAGCUGUGUAAAGAAGAGUACGGGUUCUGCAUACCCGGGUUCCAGGUGUACCGGCUGUCGACCGGCAAACUGCUGAGGUAUAACAAGGACUAUGGGAAGCGGUUACACGGACAGGCGGUUAAAGAUGCCAUCCGUAACUUCCUAAACGGUGUCGGCACCAACCUCUGCCGCGCGCUGCUCCUCCAGUUCCUCACAACACUAUGGAAGAUACAGAAAUGGGCGUCAAGACAGACGUCAGUCAAGAUAUACUCGUGUUCGUUGCUCCUGGCUUAUGAUGCUACCAAGCUGAGAGACUGCUGUGGAGAGGGGGAUGUUCUCACGCCCAAACCAAAAUGCCGCUCCGAGUGUGUGGGUCGCCGCAAGUCCAUACAUUCCAUGCACAGCGAUUCCGGGUCCAACUUCAGCGGACAGAUCUCCUCCAAGGGACCCGUCUAUAAAAAGGUGAACUCCGUGCCCCUCACCUCCAUGCACCUCGCGCAGAGCAGCUUCUCCCCCCCACCCGCGCCCCCCGCGUCCCCCUGGAGCGCGGCGCUGGACAAGCUGCACCACAACCACUCCUUCCACCACAACUACGAGGACAAGCUGUCCAAGAUCAAGAUGAACUACAGAGCAACACUAGACCAACUCUCCAGUGACUCCCCCAACCCUUCGCAGUGGGGGACGGUGAAAAUAAUUGACUUCGCGCACGCUUUCUUUAAUGAGGAGGAUGAUAAUACGGUGGAUGAAAAUUUUAGGGACGGUAUUGACAGUUUUGUGGAGAUUUUUGAGGCGUUUUUGAAGGAGACUGAUGAUCAAGUGUUUUAAAUCCUUUGUUCUUUCGACUACUACUAUGAAGACAAGCUGUCCAAAGUAAAGAUGAACUAUAGAGCCAUACUAGACCAACUCUCCAGUGACUCCCCCAACCCUACGCAGUGGGGGACGGUGAAAAUUAUAGAUUUCGCGCAUGCUUUCUUUAAUGAAGAGGAUGAUGAUACGGUGGAUGAAAAUUUUAGGGACAGUAUUGACAGUUUUGUGGAGAUUUUUGAGGCGUUUCUGAAGGAGACUGAUGAUCAAGUGUUUUAAAUCCUUUGUUCUUUCGACUACUACUAUGAAGACAAGCUGUCCAAAAUAAAGAUGAACUAUAGAGCCAUACUAGACCAGUUAUCUAGUAAUUCUCCCAACCCUACGCAGUGGGGGACGGUGAAAAUAAUUGACUUCGCGCAUGCUUUAUUUAAUGAGGAGGAUGAAAAUACGGUGGAUGAAAAUUUUAGGGACGGUAUUGACAGUUUUGUUGAGAUUUUUGAGGCGUUUUUGAAGGAGACUGAUGAUCAAGUGUUUUAAAUCCUUUGUUCUUUUGACCACAAGUACAAAGACAAGACUUUCGAAGAUCAAGAUGAACUAUAGAGCGAUCUUAGACCAACUCUAGUGAUUCUCCUAACCCUACGCAAUGGGGGACGGUGAAAAUUAUAGAUUUUGCGUGCGUUUUCUUUAAAUGAGAAUUUUAGAGAUGGCAUUGUCAGUUUCGUGGAGAUUUUUGAGACAUUUUUGAAGGAGACUGAUGAUCAAGUAUUUUUAUGAAAACAAACUAUCCAAGAUCAAGAUGAACUGCUCCAACGAUUCUCCUAACCCUGCACCACUAUAAUAAAGAGUACUAUCGUACAAUAUGACCACUCCCGCUCCCCGCUGAAAGUGUCACCCACCCCCUCUCGGUUACCUCACAGUUACCGCCUGUCAAAGACGCGAACAGUCGACCUGUCAUAUCUCACCAAUAUAAGCAUAGUACGCGUUCACCUACACGGGCUUAGACUGUGUGCUAGGAACGCGCCUCUUUCAUAUAUUUGAUCGCCAGUGUCCGAGGUGUGCCUACACAGUGGGGGACGGUGUAAAUUAACUUUAAUGAAGAUGAGAAUACGGUGGAUGAAAACUUGAGGGAUGGUAUUGAGUUUUGUGAAAUUUUGGAAAUAAACUGACGAUCAAGGGUUUUAGACGGAUACACAAAGAACUACGUUUUGGAGUUCAGACUGCAUUCGGAUGUCUUUAAGGACCUAAAGGAUUAAUUUUGUCAUGACAUUUAAAGUCAUGAGCAGUCAUGAUAUGUCAUGAUUACAUGACUAUUGUAGAAUUCAUAAUUCUUGUGAUGUAAUGUGAGGUGUUACUGCGAAAACAUCACAGUCUUAAGUUAAACUUUUAAAUCAUUGUUAAAAUUGAUUUGUUGUAUUUAAGAAUGUUUAUUGUUUGAUUAUAAGGUUAUAAAUAAUAA